CUACCCGGAUCACUGACGUCAGGCAGCUGCUGAAUAGCCAUCUUUGUUGAGAAGCUUAGGGACCGAGCAGUCGAGAAAAUCCUGUUGAAUAUCCAGAACUCGAGAAAAACAAAAUGUCAGCCCCAAGCCAAGCUGCUGCUCCUGCUGCAGGAGGACCUCCUGGGGCACCUGGAGAUGGAGGACCAACCCCACCAGUUAACACAACCAGCAACAGAAGGCUGCAGCAAACACAGGCUCAAGUCGAUGAGGUGGUGGAUAUCAUGCGAGUGAACGUGGACAAAGUUCUUGAACGAGAUCAAAAGCUGUCGGAGCUCGAUGAUCGUGCCGAUGCCCUUCAGGCUGGAGCAUCACAAUUUGAAACAAGUGCUGCUAAGCUGAAGAGAAAGUAUUGGUGGAAGAACUGCAAGAUGAUGAUUAUACUUGGAGCAAUAUGUGCAUUCAUUAUCAUCGUUAUCAUAAUUUAUUUCUGCACCUGAGGAGAAGGAAGACCAACUUAAGAUCCAGCUUAACUUCGUUCUCGUCAGCCAUAUCUUCUCCAGUGUCAGAUAUUAUUUAUUAAUCUCUGCUUAUAACAUGGUUGUUUUUAUUUUGUCUGUAAGUUGCCCUAAUUACUCGAAUGGGUGCAUUGAUUGCUAUCAAAGUCUGAUUAACAAUGUAACCAGCUAUUUACUGCCGAAUAGUUAAUUAAGUUUGUCUUAUACAUUCCAAGGUAAAACUAGCACAAUAUAGAUGGAUUGGCCUUCAGUUGAAUCCUGUUUCCAAAUAUAACUGUGACAUUUUUUCUGACUUGCCAACUCAUCAGGAGGUAACAGUCUGAAAUGCCCAAAGCCUUAACAAGCAUAAAAGCAAACCAGAAAAUUGUGUUUAACUCUGGCAAAUCUGAGCAAAUGUGGAAUUUGUUCAGAUGUGAAGCAAAUUAAUCAGUAUAUUCCUGAUAUUACAUUUAAUAAUGCAAAAUCAAAAAUAAAUAUCCAGAACCAGUAAAGAGAGCAUAAUAAUAGAGUACUAAUGAUGAGCAGUCUGUUUGGCAUUUGGUGCUGUGUCAGAUAUAUAAGAUUUAAAGGAAUGGCUGAAGUUGUAAUUGAUUUUGAAACAUAACCAUAAUAGCAGUUUAUUUGGUGAAUUCUGUCUGAGCAAUUGUAAUAUCAUGACCUUCAUCUUUCAAUAAGAUGUUUUAUUUUUGAUAUUUGCCCUUUUGGUGUGCUCAGUGGUCACAUCAAACAGAAGCUACUUUCUCAGUACACUCCAAAAUUGUCUGCUGUCAAAAGACCACUUUGAACAUACUAAGCAUUUAACAAACUAUUCCCUAUCAAGUGAAAUAUUUUAAAGGAAACCAAAAUGAAGAUCUAAUUCUAGACAUUUGGAGUUAGACUAGAAAUGCAACCUGCAAAACAGAGAGAUGGGUGACAGAGACAGACACACAUGAAAUUAAUUGUGGCAACUAAUUACAAUUGAUAUCAAUUUAUUUUGGUCCAAUAUUGAUUUGAAACCACUCUGUAAAAAUUCAUACCCAUUUUUGGUACAGAAAGCACAUUAAUGGGUUAGGGUAGGAAUUUGGGGCAGUACUUUUUUCAGGGUAUCCACAACUCCUUCUUCCCAUUAUAAAAUUCCUACAAUGGGGAAGGACAGAGGAAUCUGCUUUUUCCACCUAUCUUCAUUAUAAUUUUACAAUAAGGAUACAACCAAUAAUUUAUCAUUCCCCACCACAAAUGCUAAUAUUUCUACCUAACAUGGAAAUGCUAUAUCCAGGCACAUUCAAUGUGCUACUGAAACACUCCAAGUGCUAUCGCCAACAAUGCUGUUGUAAAGUAGCAAUGAUGCCUCAGUUAGAAAAACACGUCUUUAACCACAUGGGCCUAAUUGGCCAGUCCCCAAUAGAAAAGGUGCCCAUAGAUGCUACAAAUGGCAUAAGCACUUUGCCCUUUUAUUAAUGUUGAUAGCCAAGAGUUUGGACAAGGGUGAGACUGUGAAGAAAGACUGACAGGGAGAUAUUCUGUCCUGUUGUACAUCUAUGGUGCAGCAACUCAACCUGGGCAUUCAAGCCUCCUUUAUUUCUGAUGAUUAUGCACAAAAUGUCCAACAUAAUGAUGGUGUAGUUAUAUCAAUCAGUCUCCAAAACUAAGCUAUAAUCCUAUAUGAUUGUCUUAUCAGAUGACAAACCAGUUGAAUUUUCUGGUAAUCAUGUAGAACAGAGGAUUAUUUGAAAUCUGAUGUUCCAUAACAACAGGCUGAUUUUGAUCACACCAUUACACCUCUGGAACUAAGUACCAAUGCAAACAAUAUAAAAUGAAAAAUAUUUUGGUAUUUAGUAUGAAUAGGCUACUAAUCAGCAUGCAACACCUAACUGCAUCCAACUCAUCAAGAAUCUGAUUCUAAGCAGCAUGCAAUGCCUUCGGGAUGUUGUAUAUCUUUGUUUUAAUGGGACCUUUUCAAUUCAAAGGAGCCAUUCCCUGAUAUUUUCACAUUCUUUCAUGGUGUGCUUUGUUUCAUGUUUCAGUUCUUUAUUGAGGGUCUUUUCCUAGUCAAUUGUGCUAACUUUGUAGCUCCCUUACUGAAAUAAUCAUAUGUGAUAGUCUAUUUUUAAAAUAUUGGACCAUUAAUUGUUUACUUCCUCCCUUGAUUAUUGUAUAUAUGGUGUUAAGUUCCAAGAUCUUUGACGGACAUGUGAUCAGUAAUGUGCUAUCCUCUGAAACUGUGAAAGGAGAACUGCAGAAUUCAUACAUGUGUAUUUGCUAAAUAUGUAGUAAGUCAUUUGCUUGUACACGGAUUCUGAAAGCUUUGUGUAUAUUCUCAUAUAGUACAUGUGAUCCACUAUUGUCCACAAAUGUACAAAAGUUGUAGUUUCAUCUCCACUGCUCCCUGACCUGCUAGCCUGCCAACCUGCACCCAUUCCAUUUUAUUUUUUUAAAUACCUCCUCGUUAUUUCUGGUUCUCCAUACACUGUCAACAGUUGGGAGGAGAGCUAAUUGUUCAAUCUACUUCUGUUAAUGCGCCUCCAGAGGUAGUCAGUAGGAUCUGUACAGCUGAAGCCUUUCCAGUUUUUCUCCAAUUUGUUUUUCAAUUCUUCUUGCUGUGUAAGCACUGAACCGCUACCAUAUGCCAACCCCAUCCCCCUCCAUGCAACUCACUGGGUGGAAAUUCUGAGUGUAAACUCUCCAGCGACUGUGUGGUACAGUACCUUGGUACUUCAGUGCACUGAGCCACUGUGCCAUUUAGCCUUACAACUUCAACAUUGUUUCAACUUGCUGUGGUUACCUUAACCAUCUGCAUUCACAGAACAGUCAGAAGUCUAUAGUCAGUUCUAAAAGAGUCAGAUCCAACAACAUAUUGAAAAAUCUUUUUUAAGAAAAGUAACUUAUGUUUCUUUUAAGAAAGCUUUCAAUUUAUUGCUGCUUACUAUUCAGCUAAGUUGCACAAUGGCCAACAGAUCAACUAACACACAAGGGAUACAGUGGAGUUUUUAUUAUCCAAAUAUAAUGGGCCAGAUCUUGCCAGCCUGGAUAUCACUGCCCAGACUCACCAAAUGGCUCUCCCCAUGCCUGGACUGGUCAGGUCUGGAUAUGAAAGGUCAAUAUUGCUGGCCUGGUAGAGUGGUGUGGUCCCUUCCCUUAAUAUCCAGAAACAUUUAAAAACUAAUGAAAUUAAAUUAAGUGGUUAACUUAAAAUUAGGAACAGAGGAAAUAAAAGUAAGUAAAUGUGCUUUUAAAAAAAAAUCACUUUUAUAAAUAAUUAAAAGCAUUAACUUAAGAGAAAAUAAUUUUAUAAAUGUAACCUGCUGUUCCUGUUGCCUCCUGAUCCUUUGCCUGACAAACCUCAAUGAAAUGAACGCAAUCUCAGAAGCUGCAACAUGGUCUAACCUGGUGCAGGAUCCAUGAUAUGAUUUCCUCUGUGUAAUGCUACAGAAUUACAGCACCACUGGGCUCCAUCUCUGGAGCAGAGUAAAUUAACAAAAUCAGCUUUCUAAAAGUGUAAGUCCCAGGCUUCUGUAUUUGACUAUGGAGCUCGAGUUUUACCUAGAGUAGCAGACUAAAACUAGAGCUCAUACAUGGAAAUCUGGACUUAACUGCUGUUUAAAUGGCUAAAUGCUAGCAGUUUUGUUAGAAGUGCUGUCAACAUCUAGGACAAUCCAAUCCAUUACAAAAAGUAGAAGCAGGUGCAGGCUCUUUAAGAACUCUCUGCUAUUGAGUAUCAUUGAUAAUCCUUUACUUCAGGUCCACUUUGCCACUUGUUCCAAAUAUCUGUUGGUGCCCGAGACCACUUAGCUUUGAAUACAAAAUCUUCAAAGUUAAUUUUAUCAUACUUACAUUUGAUUAAUAGUUUAUAAUCUCCCUAGUUAUUGAAAAUAAGAGGAUAUAAUCUUCAUAACAAUAAGAAUUUGUACCAUACAUCUUUGAACGUUGAACUGACCUAUUCUCAGUACUGCUUAGUUAAUAUAGACACACCUGUUGCCUAUUUUUCUAAUUGUUUUGACUUUUGUCAUGAAUGGUCACUUGGUUGCACAGAGCAGCACCAGAAAUUGGUAUAUUUCAGGUGAACACCAGUUAUCUUUACAGGUAAUAUUUCUGUUUAAAAAAAUGAUUUACAUUGAAGAAACAUGAUGAUGAUUAGUGGGUGUGCACCAUGCAGUUAAAUAAUUGAAAAUACAUCAGGUGAAACCAAGCUGUGUGAAUUUUUAAUAUACAAAUGCCUCUCACGAUUGGUUUAAUAAAGGUGAUAAUCCAUUUAUAAUAAUCACAAAACAUCUUUUCUCACUAUUGCCCAAAGCAAGCAUUGGUCCAUCUCCCUUUUUGAGCCUCAGUUCACCUCUCCAUGUUUUGUCCCAGUUCCUUUCUAUCUUAACUGCCAUUUCUCUACUGGAUCCCAUUAUUUAUAAGAUGCCUGCAGUUUUUUUUAUUUGGGGAAACUGAAGGUGAACAAAAUUUCUACCAACAUUUUUACGAUUCGGAGCAUUUAAAAAUAAUAUGGAUCGGCUAUUGACAAUCUGGUCAAUGAUCAUCAUUAAUGAUGGGACAAUGAUUAUUGAUAAGCAGCUGGCCCUGCAUCAUACUAUUGGCUGUAUGAUUAGUGAUUAAUGUUAAGAUCAAAAUAUGAGUUAAGGUUACUAGUUGAGAUUGGUUGUUCGGGUAGGUUUAGGGACUAGGAUUAACAUUAGAGGUUGGGGUUAAACUUUCAUGGCUAUGAUUAGAGGCUGUAGUUAGCAUCAAAAUUAAGGGAUGGUGCUAUCAGAAGCGUGGUGUCAGUAGCAGCAAGUAACCAGUUGUAACUAGACGUAACUAGACAGGCCCAGAAGGGGAAAAUAUAUCUAAAAUGUUGCCCUAAGCUAAUUUUCUCUGUGCAUUUUUCACCUAACAAAAAAAACCGAAACUGCUGCUUCUUGAUAGGUAAUAGAGCAGAUGUCAGUGGCAAAUGUGUGAGUGAAAACACUGGAAAUUGCAGCAAAAGGAAAAAGUUGUUAAAGCUUCAUUAAGAACUUUUGUCAGGGUGAAGUUUUCUGUUUUUGUAUCAGAUUUCUAGCAUUUCUUUAUCUCAAUGAGAAAUACUAAGAAUGAACAAAUAUUCUGGUAUUGCAAAACAAUGGAAAUAAAUAGGCACAGGGGUAUUGUUAAUUUUCUAUAAUAGCCUUGGAAUAUUAUUAUACUACAGUUUAGAAAAGUUAUUGUCUUUUAUAUCUUUUUGCUCUCAAAAACAUUCCAGUUACCUUAUAGUCUUUUUAUUUAAUAUCUUGUAGUGCUUUUUAAAUUUAACCAAGAAGAGCCAAAAUUGUAUUUUCCAGUUCUUUGAAUGGAGGUGAUCACAAUUCUACUCCUGCUCUAUCUGCUCUAUUAAACAGCACCAUCCCUGCCCCCAAUGAUUAAAAAAGACACUGGGAUUUGCAUGGAAAAGUUGCAUUAGUUAUAUACUAAUUUGAUGUUGCAAUGAUUAACUUGUUAACACCAAGUUUGUAUACCUUUGUGUGCGUGCGCGUGUGUGUGUGUUUAUAUUUAAAUUGGUGAAUGCAAUUUCCAUGUUGUGUACGUGCAACAUUGAUGUAUUUGUCUUGGCAAAUAAACCUUUGUUUAAAAAAUA